AUGCCAGGUUUACCCUUAGCAGAGUCCGGCUGCGGGCCGGACGACUUCCCGGCCAAGCUCACCUUGCAGGUUGUUCUUUGCACCAUCAUUGCCGCGUUUGGUGGAUUCAUGUUUGGUUACGACGUUGGUAUUUCAGGUGGAGUUACAGCGAUGGAUAGUUUCUUGAAACCUUUCUUCCCACAUGUUUACAUUAAGAAGCACACGGCCAGAUCGAACAACUACUGCAAGUACAAUGACCAUUAUCUCCAGCUAUUCACUUCAUCGCUCUACCUGGCAGCAAUUGUGGCCAGCUUCGUUGCGUCUCUUGUUUGCAAGAGACUGGGGAGAAGACCUGCUAUGCAGAUCGCCUCUGUCUUCUUCUUUACCGGAGCAGCUAUCAAUGCUGCGGCUUUGAACCUCCCCAUGUUGAUCAUCGGACGGCUUCUGUUAGGAGCCGGAGUUGGGUUCGGAAAUCAGACGGUGCCAUUGUUCAUAUCUGAAAUCGCUCCAGCAAAGUACAGAGGAGGGCUCAACAUCUGCUUUCAGUUGCUGAUCACACUUGGAAUCUUGAGUGCCAACAUUGUAAAUUUCAUAACUUCAAAGGUGCAUCCUUAUGGUUGGAGGAUUUCCUUAGGUGGAGCUGCCGUCCCAGCCGUAGUCCUCCUUAUAGGCUCUUUCAUGAUUGUGGAGACACCCACGAGUCUUCUGGAGAGAGGGGAGACUGACAAGGCUCGAUCCACUCUAAAGAAGAUCAGGGGAGUUGAUAAUGUCGGAAAAGAAUACGCUGAAAUCCGAGAAGCAGUUGAACUCGCUAGUCAGGUUCAGCACCCCUUCAGAAGUCUCAGGAAAAGAUACUACAGGCCGCAGCUCAUUUGUGGUACAAUCAUUCAGGUCUUCCAGCAGCUAACAGGGAUCAGCGUGAUCACAUUCUACUCCCCAGCUCUGUUUCAGACCAUGGGUUUUGGGGAGCAUGCGUCCCUUUUCUCAGCUGUCGUGAUCAACACCAUCAAACCCGUAUGCACCAUCGUCGCUAUUUUGGUGGUGGAUAGGUUUGGUAGACGGGCAUUGCUUAUUGAAGCUUCUGUCCAGCUGUUCAUUGCUGAGUGUGCAAUUGGAGCGAUUCUUGCCACACACCUCGAUGCAACGAGCAUAAUGGAGAGGGAUUAUGCGGUAGCGGUGAUAUGCCUCAUAUGCGUGUUCUUGUCUGGAUUUGCUUGGUCAUGGGGUCCAUUGGGAUGGCUGAUUCCAAGUGAGAUCUAUCCAUUGGAGACCAGGACUGCUGGGUUCUUCAUGGCCGUGAGCAUGAACAUGCUGGUGACGUUCAUGGUAGCUCAGACGUUCCUGACGAUGCUGUGCCACAUGAGGGCAGGGGCGUUCUUCUUCUUCGCCGGGUGCCUGUUUGUGAUGGGGACGUUUGCAGUUGUGUUGCUCCCUGAGACCAAGGGAGUCCCCAUCGAUGAAAUGAUCGGCAGGGUUUGGAAGAAACACUGGUUCUGGAAGAGGCCUCACGCAGCGGAACCUGCAACUCUCCCUUCCUUCCCCACUUUUGCCGGCCGAUCGUCGAGGAAAACCAUGAACACCACUGGGGGCUGCCUCUACAAGGAUCCAAAUGCGCCCGUCGAAGCUCGGGUCAAGGACCUUCUUUCCCGGAUGACUCUGGAAGAGAAGCUGGCUCAGAUGAUUCAACUCGACCGGGUCGUCGCCGAUUCCUACUUCCUCCGGGACCUCGCCGUCGGGAGUGUGCUCAGCACUGGCGGGAGCGCGCCUUUUGAAAAUGCGCUUGCAUCUGAUUGGGCCGACAUGGUCGAUGGUUUCCAGAAGCUGGCUCUAGAAUCCCGGCUUGGGAUACCAAUUCUCUAUGGGGCUGAUGCUGUUCAUGGGAACAAUUGCGUUUAUGGUGCCACGGUUUUCCCUCAUAACGUUGGCCUUGGCGCCACCAGAGAUGCAGAUUUAGUGAAAAGUAUAGGUAUUGCAACUGCACUUGAAGUCAGGGCAAGUGGUAUUCAAUAUACAUUUGCUCCCUGCGUAGCUGUAUCCAGAGACCCACGAUGGGGAAGAUGCUAUGAGAGUUACAGUGAAGACACCAAUAUAGUUAGAAAAAUGACCUCCAUUGUUGCUGGCCUCCAGGGACAGCCGCCUGAAGGCCACCCACAUGGCUAUCCUUUUAUAGCAGGAAGAAACAACAUUGUUGCCUGUGCUAAGCAUUUUGUUGGAGAUGGGGGCACUCACAGAGGUCUAAAUGAAGGCAACACAAUGUUGUCAUAUGAAGAUCUUGAGAGGAUCCACAUGGCUCCCUAUUUGGAUUGUAUAGCCCAAGGUGUGGGCACUAUUAUGGCUUCCUAUUCUAGCUGGAAUGGAAGUAAACUGCAUACUGACCGUUUCCUCCUGACUGAAGUCUUAAAAGAUAAGUUGGGGUUUAAGGGAUUUGUGAUCUCUGACUGGGAAGCAUUGAACAGACUCAGCGAACCUCGUGGUUCCAACUACCGCCGAUGUGUUGCUAGUGCCGUUAAUGCUGGAAUAGACAUGGUGAUGGUUGGCCGGAAAUAUAACCAAUUUGUGGAAGAUAUAAUUUCUCUUGCGAAAUCAGGGGAGAUACCAACAUCCAGGAUUAAUGAUGCUGUUGAAAGAAUACUGAGAGUGAAGUUUAUUGCUGGUCUGUUCGAGUAUCCCUUUGCUGACAGGUCCUUACUAGGCACAGUUGGCUGCAAGCUUCACAGGAAUUUGGCACAGGAAGCAGUCCGCAAAUCAUUGGUUCUGCUGAAAAAUGGCAAGGAGUCCAACAAACCUUUUCUUCCAUUGGACAAGAACGCUAAAAAGAUUCUUGUUGCUGGGACUCAUGCUGAUAAUCUUGGAUAUCAGUGCGGAGGAUGGACGAUAGCCUGGUAUGGAUUAGGUGGCAGGAUUACCAUUGGGACGACCAUAUUGGAUGCUGUUAGAAAAGCAGUUGGAGAGAAGACAGAAAUUGUUUUCGAGGAAUACCCAUCGCCAGAAACCUUAUCGGGUCAUGAUUUCUCGUAUGCCAUUGUAGCGGUUGGUGAAUCUCCAUAUGCAGAAUUUACGGGAGACAAUGCAGAGCUUGUAAUCCCCAUGGGAGGACGAGACAUCUUAAGCUUGGUCUCUGACAGAGUGCCCACACUGGCAAUUGUUGUAUCUGGACGGCCGCUCGUCGUAGAACCACAUAUACUGGAGAAGACAGACGCCCUUGUUGCUGCCUGGUUGCCAGGAACUGAAGGGGAUGGAAUUACGGAUGUAAUCUUUGGAGACCAUGAUUUUAAGGGACAAUUGCCAGUGACAUGGUUCAAGGAGGUCAAGCAGUUGCCAAUGAACCAUGGGGAGAACAAUGAGUAUGAUCCUCUUUUCCCCUUUGGGUUUGGACUGACAUACGAAUGA